AUGCAGUGGAGAUCGACAUUGCCUCUGCUGCUGGCGACAGCAUUGAGCUUGUCUUCCAUCGCUCAUGCCUGGGACUGGCUUCCAGCUACCGACAACAAUCGCACGCUCGUCACCGACUUUCCAGUCAAGGCGACACCACCCGCGUCCGAUUCUGGCGUCAAGCUCAACGAGGCUCAGCUCGAAAGCCUCGAGAAUACGCCUUUUUACCUCUACAACUACAUCUCGACAGGCUAUAAUGCCACAAAGGUCCAGCGAGCCGUCAUCAUGCUUCACGGUCUCGGUCGCGAUGCUUGGGCGUAUUUUGACCUCACGCGCGAUUCGCUCCUCAAUGCCACCUCACGGACGGAGCGCAGUAGCCAUCGAUCACGUCUACGCUUCGACGAGGUUGUCAUCAUGGCUCCCGUGUUUAUGAAUCUCGAAGAUCCUGGAUGUUACCCUGUCGACGAUCAGAAGAACCCGACCUCGAAUGCGCUCGUCUGGAACUCGAGCAGCUGGGCGCAGGGGGCCGACUCUGUCUAUCCGAACAGCAUCUAUGAUGCAGAGGGUCAGCUCUUUCAGCCGCCCGGUGUGUCUUCGUUCGAGGCGCUCGACGCUGCUGUCGCUUGGUUCUCGGACAAGACGACCUUUCCGAACAUCAACACUAUUAUCGUUGCGGGUCACAGUCUAGGUGCGCAGAUGGCCCAACGCUAUGCGCUCAUUGGCAAGGUGCCGUCGGCUACAGUGCCUGUCCACUUUGUCGUUGCCAAUCCGGGAUCGUAUGCAUACUUGUCCGAAUGGCGUCCCAGGUCGUACGAGAAAUGCGCCGAUACGUUCAACAAUUGGAAGUUUGGCCUCAACGCAUACUCGCAGUCGUAUCUAUCCGACUUUAUCGCCGGCUCAUUGGAUUCUACAAAUGACGUGGUGAGCGUCGUACAGCGAUACCGCCGGCGUAUAGUUUCGUAUCUCUAUGGGUUGGAUGAUCAUGGGCUAGGCGAUACGGGGUGUGAAGCGCUCGCGCAGGGCACUACGCAUCUGGGGAGGGGUCGUAAUUUCAUUCGGCAUCUGUCUAACCUAGAUGGCGGCUUUCCGGCAGCGCAUUCGGUCAACUAUGUGCCCGGCGUGGCGCAUGAUGGACUGGGCAUGUUUAGCAGUAAGCCUGGUUUGGAGAGGCUGUUUUACAUUAAUCUAAAUGGUACGGAGGUGCCUACGGCGGUGGGGGACGAUGAUUCCAGCGUUACGCAGUGGGCGAAUCAGAAGCUUCAGAGUAAUUCUGCAGCGGUGAGGGUUGAGGUGGCUUGGGUGGUGAUGGCUGUUGCGGUGGUGGUGGUUGGGCAGCUGGUUGUUGGGUGA